AUGGAAAAACGCAUCGGACUCCAGAACCUCGACAAUGACAUUCUGCGUGCGCGCGACAGACGGCUGGUAGUUGCCGAGACAAAAGGGCACGACUUUGACCGCGACCGGUAUGAAUUGGCGCGAGUGGGAAAGGAGCAGGUGCUAAAGAGGACAAACAUGUCAAUGUGGUUCAGGGUUUCUGAUAUGCGUGACAGCGUCGCUUUGGCUUGGUGUCCAUGA